GCUCCCAGCAGACUGUCCUCACCUGCUCCCUCCAAUACCCAUCAGUCCUGAACAGUAGCUGCUGUGUGGAUCUUGCCAUCCAUCCCAGCAGGAUGCUCCCUCUUGUCCUGAUGAAGGCUUCCAGAAGACACAACGCAAUAGACAGAGGAAAAAAGGGACACGGCAGCAUGAGGUCGGUGGCCGCCCUUGUCCUGGUGGGGAUGCUCAUCCUCUGGGCAGAACUGCCAACAGGCAGCGCCUGGUCCUGCCCACCCGUCCGCAUCGUCUGCGCGCUGCACAACCCCCCGAACCGGUGCAACAGCGACCGGCAGUGCCCCCGGUUCAGGAAGUGCUGCCCCACCUACUGCGGGAGGAGAUGCAUCCCGAAGCCCAGCAGAGGCCCCAUCCACGUGUGAGCUCGGCUCCCAGGACAGACCGAGGGCCAUCUCAGCAUCCCCAUGCCACCUCUGGCCCCAGCCCAUGCUCAGACCACCUCGGCCCCAAGAUCACUCCAUGACAGCUCCUGUGCAGUGCCAUGUGCCACCUGCUUGCCCUCUCCCUCUGCUUCUCCACUGCCGUUUUAGCAAAUAAAAGAGCCUUGUCUCAGG